AUGCUCAGAGAGAUGAUUGAAAGCCAGCACAUUGAUUCAUCCCCUUUAAGACAAAUGUCGGUUGUGCUUGGCUCACUGGAGGUUGAGGCAGGGAGGGAGGGAGCAAGGAAAAGAUGUGGUGCACAUGAGGUUUGGGCCACGGUGCUCACGGGUGGGUGA